AUUACCUGAUCUUAUCUCAGUGAGUGGUAGAAGUAGAACAAAGGUCAUUUAAUAUAUGACAUAUCUACGUACACAGUAAUAGGCCUAGACCAACUAGGCUAGUAAGAUCAGCACUAUAUAAAUCCAACCCCCUCAUGAACUAUUUCACAUUACCUCUCAUCCCUUGCUAAUUGAGUACUAGUAUUAUAUUUCUCUAGUAAAGUAUUGUGUACUAGUUAUAUAUAUAUCUCAAAUGGAGAACUCUUCUUCAAAUCAUCAUAUUGCUUCUUCUAUACUACUAGUACUACUACUCGUACUUGUAAUGAGUUUUGGGCAACAACAAGCUGAGGCAAGAGCUUUCUUUGUGUUUGGAGAUUCUCUUGUGGACAAUGGCAAUAACAAUUAUUUAGCCACCACAGCAAGAGCUGACUCUCCUCCUUAUGGGAUUGACUACCCUACUCAUAGACCCACUGGCCGUUUCUCUAAUGGCCUCAACAUGCCUGACCUUAUCAGUGAGCAAAUUGGGUCAGAGCCCACAUUGCCAUACUUGAGUCCGGAGCUCACUGGAGAAAGGCUACUAGUUGGUGCAAACUUUGCUUCAGCUGGGAUAGGAAUACUCAAUGACACUGGAUUUCAGUUUCUGAAUAUUAUCCGAAUAUACAAACAAUUGGAGUACUUUCAACAAUAUCAAAGCAGGGUUGGUGCUCUGAUUGGAGCUGAGGAAGCACAAAGGCUUGUGAACGAUGCAUUGGUACUCAUUACACUUGGUGGAAAUGACUUUGUCAACAACUAUUACUUGGUCCCUUUCUCUGCUAGAUCUCGUCAAUAUGCUCUACCUGACUACGUAGCUUACAUCAUUUUUGAAUAUCGCAAAGUCCUCUCGAGGCUGUAUGAGUUAGGAGCCAGGCGAGUGUUGGUGACAGGAACUGGACCACUAGGGUGUGUGCCGGCAGAGUUGGCUCAACGAGGCAGAAAUGGUCAGUGUGCGGUUGAGCUACAACGAGCUGCAGCCUUAUUCAACCCUCAACUUGUUGACAUCAUCAAUAGCCUAAACAGUGAGAUUGGCUCCAAUGUCUUUAUGGCUGCAAAUGCAUUUAAUAUGCAUAUGGAUUUCAUCUCCAACCCUCAAGCAUAUGGAUUUGAAACAUCAAAGAUUGCGUGCUGUGGACAAGGACCAUUUAAUGGAAUAGGUCUUUGCACCCCAGUCUCAAACUUGUGUCCAAACAGAGAUGCUUAUGUGUUCUGGGAUGCCUUCCACCCAUCAGAGAGGGCAAACAGAAUUAUUGUGCAGCAAAUUCUGGAGGGUUCUAACAAGUACAUGCACCCAAUGAAUCUCAGCACUAUGAUGGCAUUGGACUCAGCUAGGACCUAGAGAGGAGAUAGUCUUUUACUACUUCUCAUUAUUACAUUAUAUAUCACUUUCUCUUUCUUUUUUUAUUUUAUUGUUCUACGUGGGCCAGUUUGUCAGUGCAUGCUAUUAUUUUACACUUUAAGGCCAUUUGUAAAAUUUCAUUAUGAUAUUCCAAUAAGGUGAUUAGUUUCAGUUUCUCUCUUUUUUUAAAGUAUUGGUGCAAUUGUGUUUAGAUGUGUGAGAGUGAUCCAAUUGUGUAUGCUUUUUAUUGCCACUUUAAUGGAAGAUUAAUGUAUUUAUCUUUCUCAAAUAAA